AUGCUAGUGCCGUCGGCAGAUGCUGCCAUCUUCUCAACAGUCGCAGAUGCUACUGACUCGGCUGUUGCCAGAAUCGCAGAUCUCCUGACACAUCCCGACGAUCUAGCAAAUAAAUUAGGAGUGCUCCGUCGUCGUUUUGCUGCUGAAAAGGCAAACAUUGAUGCCCAACUAAAGACGUUGGUUGAGGGUCAAUUAGAUGAUGCACGACGAGGGGUAGACACCCUAUUCAAAUCCCAGGAAGAGACCGAGGUCGUAAAAUUAAAUCUGGAAAGGAUUGAUAGCCUAUGUGCUGAUGCUCAAAACACCGUCAAGAACUAUGCUCGUAUCAAAAAGAUCUCCAGAACACAUCAGAACUUUGUAGCCACAAAAGAAAUCGUAGAGCAAUUUCAACGUCUGAAUGCUCAAAUCACUCGUAUACAUAAACUGCUAGAACGUGACUCGGAAAACCUAGAAGGACCAGCCGAAAACCUAUUAUUGAUUCACUACCAGAUCUUCCAACUCGAGCAAUUCAAAAACUCGACUCUGCAACGUAGUAGAGGUGGAUCUGCAGAUGUCGUAUCCACACUUCAAAAUUAUUUCCGCAAAGUAGAUCAACUCGUCGAAGAAUUCGACUCUUAUAUGUGGAAACUAGCUAAAUCCGUAAUUGACUUGACAAAGUCAGGCCGUAUAUCCACAAUCGUUAGAAUGGUCAAGAUUAUAGAAACAGAGGAAAAGGCUGAUGAAGCUUCAGCUAUGCAAAUCGUGUCUAGCCCGACAAGUGCUGGUAGAUACGACACCACAUAUCAACGACCGCCGAAAUCCUAUAGGAUACGAUUCUUUGAUGCUAUACGAGAUACCCUACGACGAAAGUUUGAUAGCUUACAUGAUCAACACAAGAACGAGUUCCCGCAGCUGCUACAGGCUCUCAACUUUGUCACGGAUGAUUUAACUAUAAUACAUGACGAUCUAGCACCACGGCUACCGAAAAAGUAUAAUACCUUUCACUUUUUCGUGCUCGAGUAUCACCGAAACAUUUACGACGUGAUCAACAAGGUCAUCCAAGGAUCCAUGGAAGCAGGUGCCAUACUCCAGCUGCUAAAAUGGGUCCGCAACUAUUACGAAGAUAUGAGCGCCCGUCUCGGUGUCGGAGAAGAACUCUUAGAACCACGACUCCUAGACGGCAAAGAAGAACAACUCGUGGAAGAGUACGUAAAACUUAUACGCAACAAGCUCGCUGAAUGGAUGGGCAAUCUCCUACAGUCCGAAACCCGUGAAUUCUUCCAACGUAACGCAUACCCAGAUUCCGAUCCCGCCAAUGGCAACUAUUUAAUGAAUGCAUCCAUCAUCAUGUUUCAAAUGGUGAAUCAGCAAGUCGAUAUAGUAGCUGCCUCCUCACGUGGUAAAUUAAUGUAUGAUGUGGUGUGUGAAUGUACGAUGGCACUGGACGAGUUUCAUAAAGCCUGGCUAAAGAUUCUAGAUUCCGAGUAUCAGAAAUUUGUAGAAAAGUCUCCUGAACUCGCUGAAGGCUUGCCUGAAUACGUCAUGGCGCUGGCCAACGAUGCAUUCCGAAGCAGAGAGUUCUCUGAAGCCAUCAUAACCCGUAUUGAUGCUGUAGUCGACGACGAGUAUCGCCCUGCCGUGAAAACCAAACUGAAUGGAACCCUAGAUGGAUUCAUGAAACUAGCUACCAGAGCAAACACUGUGCUCAUCGAUAUAGUACUAAUCGAAGUAAAACCAGCCCUUUCGCAAAUGCAUACGAAUGCAUGGUAUGACUCUGAUCCCAUGAGACCGAUAAUAGCAACACUCGAAGACUAUUGCAAUGAUUUCCAAUCCCAUUUAUGUGAAUAUCUGUUUACGAAACUCACUGCUGAUUUACUGGAACGGUUUAUUGUGGUGCAUAUUGAAUCGUUCCGGAAUAAGGGGGCUAAAUUCAAGUUUCCUGCUGCUACGGAACGCAUGAAGUGUAAUUUAGAACAGGGACGAGAGUUUUUCUUAAAGUAUAAGACUGCCAAAAGGGUUAAUCAGUCUUUUGAUCCAGUGGAGAAGCUGGUGGCGUUUGUGUGUAGUACUGGUGGUCUGGCCUUCCUGGACUUUUGGUCCCUGUAUAAUCCAUACCGUGAUUUACCACUCUCGUUUGUCGAAGAGCUUAUCGUCAAGCGUGAUGAUCUAGAUAGGGUAGCCCAAAAGGAAUUGAUUGAGAAUAUUAAGAGUAAAGUCGCUGAAGAGGCUGCCAAGACCAAGCACAUCACGCCCACUGUAUUUAGCAAAAUCACUGUUGGCAAGUAG